AUGGCCGACAAGCGACUCCUCUUAGAAUUCCUCAAGGCGCAGGAUGCGUUGAGAGAGCCACCUGCUAUGAUCACUUUCCUCCACCGCCUGCCAAACAGUGGAGAUAUCGCACAAGCAAAACUAUGUCGAGAUCUCGUUUUCGAACGCUCAGCAAAGAUUGCCCAGCAGUGCAAGAAGAUCCGCGAGGACAAGGUGGACAUGAGAAGCCGGCCGCCAGGUCUCAUCAGUGACUACAUCGUCCUCCUUCGCGACAACAAGCCUCCCCGACGACAGUUUCCGACUGCUGGCGACCAGACCAUGGAAGCUGUCGCCAGGCUUCGCUACAUCACUUUGAGCAGUCUUUACCUCUUCUCCGUGGAAAUGGAAGACUCUACCUCCGCUCAGAUCGUGUUUCGCGCUAUUGUAGACAACUUCCACUUUAUCUGGCCGAAUGGCUUCCGAUACCACCCUGGACCUGACGUGAUCAACCAUGUCUAUUACUACACUCGGGCUUGGGACCCCUUGCGCUAUUUCCUAGCAGACUGCUACGUUGACUUCGCCAACAUCAAGUGGUAUAUCCCCCACCGGAACUUCCACAAGGACUUCAUGGCCAACGUCUCAUUGGGCCAUUCGAGGCGUCGUAGCCUUGCACAUGGCCCUUCCAGAACUGCUGCCCCGCGGAACUACAUCUUCCCCCAGCAGCUCACCCAGACCGCAUCCAACUCCGCUAGGAAGUCUACAAGAAGCAUGUCGGUCCGAUUGAGGAACCUCAGCAGACCAGAGGUGGGUAUCAUGGGGUCUUGA